UCUGCUACAUCGUUAAUCGAAUGGUUUAAGUCUAAUGUCGCACAAUCUCUACUUACAGAUCUUGAGGAAUUUCAGGAACGCGACUCUGGUUGGACUCUACAUUCGAUUGAAAACAUACAGAUAAACAUAAACAAAUUUAAUCCAAUGCGUACUGGUAGCUCUUAUAUACCUUUACCAAAAUUUAUAGAAAAAAGAAGAGCAUGCGUCAAUGUUAAAAAUUUUGACAACAAAUGCUUUAUAUGGGCAAUUUUAUCAGCCUUGUAUCCUGUAAAUCGUAAAAAUCAUCCAAAUAGAUUGAGUCAUUACAUUAAAUAUGAACAUACAAUAAAUUUAAAAGGUAUUGAGUUACCGGUAUCAUUGAAAAAGAUACCGAUUUUUGAAAAGCAGAAUACUACAAUUUCAAUAAAUGUUUUCGGCUUAGAAAACAAAAACAUUGUACCACUCUAUUUAACAUCAUGCAAAAAGAAGCACCACAUAAAUCUUCUUUUACUAACGAGAGAACAUGAUGAGCCUGUACCAGAAUCACAUUAUAUAUAUGUAAAACAUCUUUCACGUUUAGUUAGCAAUGAUUUAAACAAAAAUGGAAAAAAACUUUUUGUAUGUGAUAGAUGUUUGAAUUCUUUUUUCAAAGAAGAUAAUUUAAUGAGACAUGAAGAACAUUGUAAAAAAAUAAAUAAUUGUAGAAUUAGACUUCCUAGUGAAAAUAAUAAUGCAAUAAUGUUUAAAAAUCAUCGUUAUAGCGAAAAGUUACCUUUUAUAAUAUAUGCAGACUGUGAGUGUUUGCUUAAACCAAUAAGACAAGAUGUAAAAACUAAUACUAGACCAGUACAAAACCAUGAAAUUUAUAGUCUUGGAUACUAUCUUAAAUGUAGCUACAAUGACUCAUUAUCAAAAUAUAAAUUUUAUAGAGGUCCUGAUGUCUCAAGAUGGUUUGCUGAACAGUUAAAAGUCAAUGAAGAACAAAUAAGUACUUUAUAUAAAAAUCCUGUACCCAUCUCAGUUUUAUCAGAAGUUGAAAUAACAGAUUAUUAUAGUUCAAAAACGUGUCAUAUUUGCAAAAAAAAAAUUGAAUGAUGAUGACAAAGUACGUGAUCACUGUCAUCUUACUGGAAAAUACCGAGGACCAGCACAUAAUAGCUGUAAUCUAAAUUAUCAAGAUUCAAAAAUAGUACCAGUGGUGUUUCAUAAUUUAAGUGGAUAUGAUGCACACUUUAUUAUAUCUGAUGUAUCAAAUCAUUUUCCAGGACAGAUUGAUCUUCUUCCUCUGACAAAGGAAAAAUAUGUAUCAUUCACUAAACAUGUGGAAAAUAGUAAAAUCAAAUUUAGAUUUUUAGAUUCGUUUCGAUUUAUGCCUUCAUCACUAGAAAAAUUAGCAUCAUAUCUACAGGAUUACAAAAUUGUUAAUAAAGAGUUUAAUGAUCUCAGCAGAGAACAAGUUGAGCUCUUAACGAGAAAAGGUGUUUUACCCUAUGAAUAUAUAAGUUCAUGGGAUAAGUUAGAGGAGUGUGAAUUGCCAGAAAAAGAAAACUUUUUCAGUGUACUUAAUGAUUCACAUAUAUCUGAUCAUGAUUAUAAACAUGCACAAAAUGUGUGGAAUACAUUUAAUUUGCAAACACUUGGUGAUUAUUCUGAUCUCUAUAUGAAAACUGAUGUCUUGUUGUUAGCAGAUGUUUUUGAAAAUUUUCGAGACCAGAGUAUAAAAGUUUACGGCCUCGAUCCUGCACACUACUACACUACUCCAGGCUUUUCUUGGGAUGCAAUGCUAAAACUUACUGGUAUACAAUUGAAACUCUUAACAGAUAUUGACAUGGUACUGUUUGUGGAGCGAGGGAUCAGAGGUGGUUUAAGUCAAUGCUCAAAUCGUUAUGCAACAGCCAACCAUAAAUACAUGUGUGAAAAUUAUAAUAAGGAUGAGAAAAAUCAGUAUUUGAUUUAUUUAGAUGCAAAUAAUUUAUAUGGACAUAGCCUUUCACAAUAUCUCCCCUAUGAUGAAUUUGAAUGGCUUGAAAAUUAUGAAAAUUUUGAUUUGUUUUCCAUUGCAACAGAUGCUUCUCAUGGUUAUAUUUUAGAGGUUGAUUUGGAUUAUCCUAGCGAACUACAUAACGCUCAUAAUGAUUUACCAUUCUGUCCUGAAUAUGCAAAACCUCCAGGUUCUAAGCAAGAAAAACUUUUAGCUGCCCUACAUCCUAAAAGAAAUUACGUUAUUCACUAUGUAGCUCUAAAACAGGCUCUCUCGAAUGGGUUGCAACUUCGCAAAAUUCAUAGAGUUCUAAAAUUCAAACAAUCACCAUGGCUCAAGUCAUACAUAGAUUUAAAUAGCAGUCUGCGAGCAUUAGCAAAAAAUGAAUUUGAAAAGAAUUUUUUCAAGUUAAUGAACAAUGCAGUGUUUGGUAAAACGAUGGAAAAUGUUAGAAAACGUGUUUUAGUCAAGCUCAUGAGUAAAUAUGAUGGAAGAUAUGGUGUUGAAGCUCAAAUUUCAAAGCCAAAUUUUCAUAGCAGUGCAAUAUUUAAUGAAAAUUUAGUUGCUAUACAAAUGAAUAAGACUGAUAUAUGUAUAGAUAAACCAAUUUAUGUUGGUCUUACAGUUCUAGAUCUCUCCAAGACGCACAUGUAUGAUUUUCAUUAUAAUUAUAUGCAAAAAGUAUACAAAAAUAACUUGAAAUUACUUUAUACAGAUACUGAUAGUCUAAUAUAUGCUAUUCAAUGCAAUGAUUUUUAUGAAGAUAUGAAAAGAAAUAUCCACAUGUUCGAUACAUCAGAUUAUCCUGCAGAUAAUAUAUUUAACAUGCCGCGCGUUAAUAAGAAAAUUGUCGGACUCAUGAAGGAUGAGUGUAAUGGUGAGAUUCUCACUGAAUUUGUUGGAUUAAGAAGCAAAAUGUAUAGUACGCGUGUCAAUAAUCAAGAUAGUAUGAAAAAAAUUAAGGGUAUUAAGGCUUCAGUUGUAAAGAAAACCAUUGAAUUUAACGACUACUUGGACUGUUUAAAAAAUUCCUGCAUUCAGAGUCGAGAGCAGUAUGCUAUAAGAUCAAAACUUCAUAACGUCGAGACCAUUAAACAGAGAAAGAUCGCUCUCAGUCCUUAUGACGAUAAAAGAUUCCUUCAAGAGAACAGUACUGACACACUUGCCUGGGGUCAUUACAACAUACUGCAAAAUGGUAAAAAGAAGUGUGUACGAUUUGAGGAAGAGCCAACCAUUCACUUGAUGUACACGUGGAAAUUUGCGCAUCAUGAAGCUCGAUGUGGGAAGUGGGAGGAGGCAGCACGUGAUCGAGAACGAUUUAGGAGAAGAAUUGCACAAACAAAUGAAAUUAUAAUGCCAGUGCUUGUAAAAAAAUUAAAGGAAAUGUAAAAAAUAAA